AUGUUUGGCGAGUCUUCAAUACCUGACAUUUUUCAGCCGAUUGUGCUAUGUUACGCUCUUGGAGCGAUCAUUGUCCUAUCGAUAUUAACGUAUAGCACAGUAGUAUUUUUUUCCCAUACGCCACGGUUACACCUACCUAGUGAGUCAAUCUAUAGAACAAACGAUGGAGGUGAAAAUUUGGGUCUUGAAAGAAAACACAGUUUACCACCAAUAAUCAGCCCAACAAACGCAUCUAGUGGUAAUAUUGAUAUUAGUAUUAUUAUACCUUGUUAUAAUGAGGUUUCUAGGUUAAAGAGAAUGUUGGAUGAAGCAAUUGUGUACCUUGAAGAGCACCAUGGUGGAAAAUAUGAAAUAAUAGUAGUCGAUGAUGGAUCCAGUGAUGGUACAUCGAACUUUGCAAUUAAGGUGGCAAACGAAUACAAAUUGAAGCCACACGUAAUGAAAGUAGUUCAAUUGGAGAAGAAUAGAGGUAAAGGAGGUGCAGUGACGCAUGGUCUUUUACAUUCUCAAGGCAAGUAUGCAUUAUUUGCCGAUGCUGAUGGAGCAACACAAUUCUCAGAUAUCAAGCAUUUGAUAAAUUAUUUGAAACAGUUUUCAAAUGAACCUGCUAUAGCCAUUGGAUCAAGAGCACAUAUGGUGAACACGGACGCAGUUGUCAAUAGAUCAUUGAUAAGGAAUUUUCUCAUGUACGGACUCCAUGCUUUGGUUUUCAUUUUUGGAAUAAGAAAGAUUCAAGAUACACAAUGUGGAUUCAAAAUGUUUAAUUCACAAGCGGUUGCCAAAAUCUUUCCUCAUAUGCAUACAGAGAGAUGGAUCUUCGAUGUGGAAGUGUUGUUACUAGGUGAAUUGCAAGGUAUAAAGAUGAAAGAAAUAUCCGUGACUUGGAAAGAAGUCGACGGGUCGAAAGUUGAUUUAGCAAGGGAUUCAAUUGCAAUGGCUAUAGAUCUAGUGGUUACCAGAUUGGCAUAUUUGUUUGGAGUCUAUAAAAUAGACGAGUGUGGAAGAGCUGGCAAGAAACAACAGUAG